CUCUCCCCCGCCCGUUCCCUUCCCCCGCCUUCAUCUUUGCUUGUUCAUUCUCUCGCUUUUCUCUGUCAAGAGCCAAGCGCCAUCUCGAUUUCCGUCUCGAUCACAUCCCCGGAGAUGACCUCGAGCUCCGACUACGAUCCCGCAACCUCGGCUGUCGAGGUUGCCGCCGCUUCUGAGAGCCUCCCUGUCGCUGAGGCUCCGACUGUCCCCAAGAUGUCUGAGGAGGUUGCCGAGACCAUCGAGGCCACUGCUGAGGAGACCGCCGAGGAGGUUGCUGAGACCGCCGAGGAGGUUGCCGAGACUGCCGAGGAGGUUGCCGAGACCACUGAGGAGACCACUGAGGAGGCCACUGAGGAGGCCAUCGAGGAGGUCACUGAGGAGGCUACUGAGGAGGCUACUGAGGAGGCCACCGAGGAGGCCACCGAGGAGGCCACCGAGGAGGCCACCGAGGAGGUCACUGAGGAGGCCACUGAGGAGACCGCCGAGGCUGCUGCCGAGGAGACCGCCGAGGCUGCUGCCGAGGAGACCGCCGAGGCUGCUGCCGAGGAGACCGCCGAGGCUGCUGCCGAGGAGGCUGCCGAGGAGGUUGCCGAGGAGGUUGCUGAGACCACCGAGGAGGCCACCGAGGAGACCCCCGAGGCUGCUACUGAGGAGAUCACCGAGGAGGUUGCUGAGACCACCGAGGAGGCCACUGAGGAGGCCACUGAGGAGGUUGCCGAGACCACCGAGGAGGCCACUGAGGAGGUUUCCGAGACCACCGAGGCUGUUGCCGAGGAGGUUGCCGAGACCACCGAGGAGGUUGCCGAGACUACCGAGGAGACCACCGAGACCACUGAGCCUGCUGCUGAGGAGACCACCGAGGAGACCGCCCAGACCACCGAGGAGACCACCGAGGAGACCACCGAGGCUGCCCCGCUUGCCCACUCGGCUGAUGAUAUUGAGGAGGACGAGGAGGCCACUGAGCCAGCCACCGACGCGAUCGAGGCCGCUGCCGGCGAGAUCGCCGCUGCCGUUGUCAAGGCCGCCGUCGAGGCUGCCGUUGAGGAGGCCACCGCCGCCGAGUCGACCACCACCUCCAUUGCCACGGCCGACAUCGGCCACGACGCCGUCGAGGAGGCGGCCACCGAGACCGGGUCCUUCGAGAAGGGCACCUCCCGCCCGGCCACCGCCCUCAUCAACCAGUUCCUGGUUGCCUUUGCCGAGAAGCUCAACAAGCACCUUACUCCUGUCAUGCCGGAGGAGCCGGUGGCCGGUGGCGAUGCCGGUGCCGCCGUUGAGAAGAAGCCCACCGCCUCGGACGAGGAGCCCAUUUCCACCAGCCCUUCGGAGGUGGUCGUCGAGGCCAAGGACGCCGAUGAGACGACUGCCGAGUCGGCGGCCGCCGUCGAGCCGGCUGCCACCGAGGCCCCGGCCCCCCUGGCCUCGUCUCUGUGGGGCGUGGACAUGUCGACCCUGACCGAGGCGCGUGAGACCCCGGCCACCGCGGCCCAGCUGACCUCGGCGCAGCGCCUGCUGGUGAUCAAGUACCUGCGCGCGCGGCAGGGCGACGCCUCCGCGGCCGCCGAUGCCCUGCUGGCGACCCUCGUCUGGCGCCAUGCCUUCGGCGUCGAGAGCCUGAUGGCCUCUCCGACGGCGGAGGACAUCGCCGUGGCCGCGGCCGAUGGCGUGCUGAACCCCCAUGUGGGCCGCAUUGCCGGCAUCGAUCGCGAGGGUCACCCGGUUUGCUGGAGCCAUUACGGCUCGCGCCUGGACACCGGGAAGCUGCUGGAGACCCCGGGCUUCGAGGGGCUCUUCCUCCGCUGGCGCAUCUCCCUCAUCGAGCGUGCUAUGCUGAUGCUGGACUUCCAGGGCGAUUGGAGCCUGGUCGGGGCGGACACCUGCCCUCAUGGUCUCGGCACCCAUGACACUCUGAUGCUGACCCAGGUCCAUGAUUACGAGGGUGUCGGUCUCUUCUCGUCCAUGGGCCGCGAUGCUCGUAUCAAGGCCCUCACCAAGGAGGUCAUCUCCCUGAUGAGCGACCACUACCCGGAGACCCUGCGUCGGAAGUUCUUCAUCAAUGUCCCUCGGCUGAUGGCCGGUCUGAUGUCCGUCUUCUCGGCCUUCACUCCGGCCGCCACGAAGUCCAAGUUCAUUGUGGCCUCGGCCGGGUCGGCCCAGUCGGCCCUCUUCGAGCACAUUGACCCGACCAAUGUCCCCGUGGAGUAUGGCGGCUUCUUCGAUGACUCGGAGCAGGCCCUUUCUCGGAGCAGCUUCGAUUUGACCGCCCCCGCCCGGCAGGUGGCCCAGACCUCGGUCUCGGUGCCUGCCGGCGCGCGCAUCCGCGUCAGCUACCAUGUCCUUUCCGGCAGUGACAUCGGCCUGAAGGUGGCCCUGCUGCCUGCGGUCGCUGAGAAGGAGGAGGACACCACGUCCUCCGGCGGCGAGUCCGACUCGGCGUCCGAGCCGACCGCUGCCCCGACCGAGGUUGGCCGGGAAUUUGUGGUCCCGGCCGCGGCCCCCGGUGAGGCCGCCUCGCGCAACAUCACUGUCACUCUGGACAACCGGUCGGCCAUGUUCCUUGGCUGCCGCUACUUCGCUUGCGUCUCGGUCUUUGAGGCCCCGGCCGUUGAGGAGGCCACUGCCGAGGUUGUCGCCGAGGAGGCCGCCGAGACCACCGAGGAGGCUGUCGCUGAGGAGGUUGCCGAGACCGCUGAGGAGACUGCCAAGACCGCCGAGGAGGUCGUCGCGGAGACCGCUGAGGAGGCUGCUGAGGCCACCGAGUAA